AUGGCCACUGAGGACGAUAACUUCGAUAUUGACAUCUACGGAGAUGGCAGCGGAUACAACGCCAAUGACCAAGGCGAUGACAUGAAACACGACGACUCGGAGCUGAUCUUAGACGCUCCCGACCAGCCGCAGACGAGCGGUGCCGCACAGAACGAUGGUUUCACAGAGACCGACGCGAAGCAGGACCACGCGGACGGCACCGGUGCCAAUGGCGAGCAUGUAACACAACCAGAAUCUAACACGCAACACACGUCGAGUGAAACGCCAGCACCGACACAGGGCGUGAAACGCAAGGAACACGAUGAUCGGCCCACCGAUCCUGAUGCAAUGCCGGCGCUGUUGAUCUCCGAUCUGUUCUGGUGGACGACCGACGAUGACAUCCGCGGCUGGGUCCGCCAGGCCGACUGUGAGGAUGAGCUGAAGGAUGUCACCUUCAGUGAGCACAAAGUCAACGGCAAGAGUAAAGGACAAGUCUUUGUCGAAUUCACCUCGCUGCAGGCGGCUACCGCCACAAAACACAAGAUCGAGUCAUUCAACAUCACGGGGCAAACCGGCCGCAAACACACAGUCACCUACACAAGCCCGCAACCCAACCCGUUCCGCACGCUGCCCAAGGACGCCCCCAUUCGCAAGGACAACCAGGCGCGCGCCAUGUCCGGCGGGUUCAACGCGCCCAACCAGAACAUGAACUUCGGCAUGAACAACAUGGGCGGGGGCUUCCGCGGCGGCCGGGGAGGCUUCAACAACCGCGGCGGCAUGAACAACAUGGGCGGGUACAACAACCGGAACUUCCAGAACCCGAUGGGUGGGUUCCAGAAUCCCAUGGCGGGCGGCUUCGGCGGGAACGCGAUGGGCGGCAUGCAGAACUACGGGUUCAACCAACGCGGCGGCAUGAUGGGUGGCAUGCGCGGCGGACCGGCCAGCAUGCGCGGCCGCGGUGGUGGCAUGGGCGGCGGACCGAAUAUGAUGGGCAUGCCGAUGAACCCGAUGGGAGGCAUGGGCAUGAACCCGAUGGGCGGUGGAAUGAACCCGAUGAUGGGCGGCAUGGGAGGCAACAUGGGCAUGCAAGGUAAAGGCGGCUUCCAAGGCCCCAAUCCCGGAUUCAACCAGGGCUUCUUCCCCAACCAGGGCGGCGUUGGCGAUGGAUCGUGGAAUCCGCAUGGCGCCAAGCGCAGUCGACAGGAGUAG